AUGCAGUCUGCUUACAGUUUUGAGAUAUCAUACAAGGUUGCUUGGAAAGCAAAGCAAAGUGCUAGGGACAUGAUUUAUGGAUCUGAGGCUGAAUCUUUUAACAUGUUAUCCUGGUUUAGGGAAGCUGUUUUAGCGAGUAACCCUGGUUCUGUUUUUGUCUUGGAAGUGCAUCCUGAUACCAACCAAUUCCAUAGGCUUUUUAUUGCCUACGCAUGUUGUAUUGAAGGUUUUAAGUUCUGUCUACCUGUAUUAUAUGUCGAUGGCACUUUUGGCAAGAGUCUUUACAAGGGGACCAUCCUCUAUGCAACUGGAAGGACUGGAAAUAAAGGUUGCUUUCCUUUGGCCAUGUGUGUAUGUGAUUCUGAGACUGAAGAUAAUUGGUGUUUUUUCUUCCGGCACUUGAAGGAUUUGUUGGAAUCCCAAGGUAGGGUGGUUACAUUUAUGAGUGAUCGUGGUAAUGGAUUACUCGGUUCUUUCAGUAAGGUACUUCCUGGUCAUCCUCACUUGUUCUGUUACAUGCAUUUGUCGGCCAAUUUGAUGAAUAGAUAUGGUGGAGUAAGUGCUACUGUGAAAAAUUCUGUGAAGAAUAAGUUUUUUGAGUUAGCAUAUGCAUCUUCCCCCGCUCAAUACCGUUUGCAUUUAAGAAAGCUUAGAGAAAUUGGUGAUGCAAAAAUUAUAGAUGAUUUUCUGAAAGAUAUGCCUCUUGAAAAUUGGUGCCGUGCAUUUUUCCCUGGAUCACGUUAUGGGAUUAUGGCUAAUAGCAUGGUUGAAUCUUUUAAUGCUUGGUUUGCUGAAGAGCGUGAGAUGCCAACAUAUGGUAUGCUUGAUCAGACUAGGAUAAAGUUGAUGAAUCAGAUGGGUGAGAGGAGGCAUGAGGCUCAACUCUGGACUACACCACUUACUCCUAAAAUGCAAGAUCGUUUGAAAGAACGUAUGGAUGCUGCUUCACAGUUUAAUGUGGUUUACUCGACCACAAAUAUCUAUGAAGUUCGAGGGAAGUAUUCUCAUGUUGUUGACCUUGGUAUUUGUUCUUGCACGUGUAGAAAAUGGGAGAUUGAAUGUUUUCCUUGCUCUCAUGCUCUUGCUGCAAUUCAAGCUGCCUCAAAAGAUGUUUAUGCAUUUGUAGAUCCGCAUUACUUUGCUGACUACUGCAAGAAGGGCUAUGAUGUUCCACUUUUCCCUCUUUGUAAUGCUGAUAUGGCUUCUGCUGAAUUUGCUAAUGAUGAGUUUAUACAUCCUCCCCAUGUGAAGAGGCCCCCUGGAAGGCUGAAGAAAAAGAGGUUCAAGUCAAGUGGAGAGACUCAAAAGAAGCUCAUUCGUUGUGGCUGGUGUCAAAAAUUAGGCAAUCAUAACAAGGCGACCUGCACUGAACCUCUUUGA